AUGCGGAGAAGGAGUGAUAUAUCUGGACACUCAUCGCCAAAACCAAAUCCUGUUCCUUGAGCUCUUCUCUGGUGUAUCUCUUCUCAAUUGACUCAACCAGUCAUACAGAAUGGCCGCUACUAAACCCUUCGCCAUCGUUGCCGGUGUCGGCCCUGGAACGGGCGCCUCCAUCGCCCGCCGCUUUGCCAAAGCCUACUCCGUCGUCGUACUAGCCCGCAACCCUGCCAACUACGAAUCCGUCGUCGACGAGAUCAACUCCUCCGGCGGCCAGGCCACCGGCUUCAGCGCCGACCUCUCCGACCCGCAAGGUUUCCAGUCCACCUUCGAACAGAUCACCAAGCAGUACACAGGCUCCCCGCUGGCAGCAGCUGUCUUUAACUCCGGUGGCGGCUUGGUGCGUAAGCCGUUCCUCGAACUGACAGCCGAGGAGUUUUCGUCCGGGUUUGAGUCGCAGGGCAAAGGAGCCUUCAACUUCGCCAAAGCGACCCUCCCACUUCUCCUCCAAGCCACGAACCUCCAACACCCUCCGACCCUCAUCUUCACUGGCGCAACCGCCAGCAUCAAGGGCUCGGCCCAAUUCGCUUCGUUCGCGGCGGGCAAAUUCGCCCUGCGUGCGCUGGCGCAGUCGCUGGCGCGCGAGUUCGGGCCCCAGGGCGUGCACGUGUCGCAUGUGAUUGUCGAUGGGGUGAUUGAUAUCCCGCGCACGAAGGCGUGGACGUUUGAGCAUGAGGAUGCCAAGUUGGAUCCUGAGGCUAUUGCCGAGUCGUAUUGGCAUUUGCAUACGCAGCCACGGACGACUUUUGGGUUUGAGCUGGAUCUUAGGCCGUAUGUUGAGAAGUGGUAACUCAGGGGUAUGGGAAAUUGAGAAGCAAUGUAAAGAUGAUAAGAAGUUUAAAAUGCUAAAAAUCGUAAGGUUAUGCAAAC